AUGGUUCUAGGGGGCUUGUCCUGCAGUGCCUGUCAACUUCUUCCCGAGAGGUAUUCCCGUAGCGUAUUCAAGCACGCACAUGGCUUCAGAGAUGACUGGGAGCCACCAUUCGAGUCCGAUGAGGAGCGGUACCAAAUUCCCGAGGCUUGUCUCAACAGAAUUCUCAUUGAGUAUCUCGAUCUUACAAUCAACACUCGCCAUCUUGCUCAGGAAUGCUUCAACGUGAUGUCUCGGAGAGACCAAAGGAUACUGGAGAGAAAUCUCGAAUUGAUCGUUGAGUACCAGUCACGUAUACGCUUAACCGAAGAACGACAAAGAGGCCGGCCAAUCGACGAUGGAACAGAGUCUUCCCACACUACGUUACCAGUCAGAGUAUGUGUGAAUAACUCUGAAGAGAUCAUUGCGACUAUACAAGUCUGCAGGGCCGAAUUCGUACAAAUUGGAAGAUGGUACCUGGGACAUCGUCCUGGCACCUACAUCUUCAAGUAUCGUGGCUCUCAGACAGCAGUAUACGACUCGGAUACUUUCAUGGAUGCUCGUUGCUACACCUUGAACAUUUUUGAGUACGCAGGCCAGAUACCCCGAUCUGAAAAGCUCCACAAACAACGAUUGGGGAUGCUAUUCGGCAAAGUGCUACGAUUGUUCAUCAGCGAACUACAGGUAUUCGCUGGUUUACAACAUGGAGAAAUGUAUCCGGAACUCGAGAGGAUGCUCGGCCUUGAAAGGGUCAGAUCCGCCACAUGGUUUCGUGAAGUCUGGAACUGUUGGAGAAAUGCCAACGCGUAUGCCAUCGAGUGGCCAGACGCGGAAAUACGAAAUUGUUUUGUGUCCAAUCCCAGCAUACUCGAACUUGCUUGGAUUUUGGACUAUCUUAAACGCCGACGUUCGGGAGAAGACCAGCCACUGGAGCCUCUAGAACUGCUUGUGAUCUCUGCCACGCAAGAGCAGCUACCCGAGCUUGCAACGCGGUGGGAGGCCAGGGAACAGGAAGUGGCUUGGGAUAUGCUCGAGUCAGGCAGACGAACGGGGCUCUUUGUAUAUGAAGUUACACCUGAAACUGAGGACAUUCACAACUUCUAUCGCCAGGCACAGUUCAGCGACCUUCUCAACCCGGCCGUUGUCCAUUCAUUCAAGCCUCUCUGGAGCUAUCGAGUCUCAGCUGCGGAUUACCAAGUGGGCUUGUCGGAGGAUACUGAGGAAGCGCAGUCUUAG